AUGUCAUCGUCCGUACGAUUUCAAAAACUUCAUAAGGAUUUAAUAAUAAUUAAAACAUCGUAUUUACCAUCAUUGCGUUCAAUAUCAUUAAUACUAAAUAUAAUUUUAUUUCUGGUUGUAUGUAUAUUUAUUUUAUGUUUAUUACGUGUUAUUACUGAUGAAAAAUCAAUUUCUAAAAAAUCAACAAAUAAAUUAACAACACCUGAUCAAUCUAAGAAGUAUAAAGAUAUUCCACGUAAAAAAUAUUAUUAUGAUUAUGAACCUUAUCUUAACAAUGUACCAUUGAAAUCAAAUAAUAAAACUCGUCGAUUUUUUUAUAUUGAUCUUGGAUGUUUUGAUGGUCGUGAUAUUGAUUAUUUUAUACAUUUUCAUUCAGCAAAUAUGUUACGUUUAGGAACACUUAGUAUUAUUGCAUUUGAACCUGAUCCAAUAAAUUUUUCUGCCUGUAAACUAAUACAACAACGGCAUAAAUCAAUUCAAGGAACAUUUUAUGAUGCUGCUGUUUGGACUGAAACUGGUCAAGUACGAUAUGCAACAGAAAAAGGACAAAAAUCUAAAAUAGAUCCAAAUUCCGCAUUAUUUGUUCGAUCAAUUGAUUUUUCAACAUGGAUGAUAGAAAAUUUUCAUGUUGAUGAUUAUGUUUAUGUUAAAUUUGCAAUUGAAGGUGCUGAAAUACCUAUUUUAGAAAAAAUGGUUCUCGAUCAAAGUUUAGCAUUAAUUGAUGAUUUAGAAAUUGAAUGGCAUGAAGGAUUAUCACCUAAUUUAGAACCACGACGUAUUGCACUUGAAUGUAUGUUUGACAAUUUUGGAAUGGAUUUUAUUUAUAUGAUCAAGCCAGUUGAUUUAACACAUGCUUUCAAUAUUAAAGAGAAAUAUGAAGCUGUACUAAAAGAUCGAGGAUGGAGACUAAAAGAUCCAUUGACUCGAUUUCAUUAUAAAACUCGAAAAGACGUACCCGAUUUAUUAAUUGAACGAUUAAAACAAAAACAAAAACAAAAACAAAAACAAGCUGUUCCUCAUUGA